AUGGCCCCCACAAAGAAGACUAAGAAGACCACCGACUCCAUCAACUCGCGCUUGGCGCUUGUGAUGAAGUCCGGAAAGUACGUGCUCGGAUACAAGUCCACCCUCAAGACCCUCCGUUCUGGAAAGGCCAAGCUCGUCAUCAUUGCCGGAAACACUCCUCCCCUCAGGAAGUCCGAGCUCGAGUACUACUCCAUGUUGGGCAAGUGCAACGUCCACCACUUUGCUGGAAACAACAUUGAGCUCGGAACUGCUUGCGGUAAGCUCUUCAGGUGCUCCACCAUGGCCAUUCUCGACCAGGGUGACUCCGACAUCUUGUCUUCCAACGCUUAA